AAAAGAGCCCCCGCCUUAGCAUCGGGGAGAGGGGCUUCCCAGACAAGCCUCUUGGAAGAAGCGGCGGGGGCGGCGGCUUCACCGCUUCGCUUCUUCCGUCCGUGGUGGGGGCUCCAAGCUGACCAGCGCGGGCGCGCCUGGAUGCGGCGGAGGCUUCAGGGGACCUGCAGCUUGUUUCGACAGGUGAGCUCUUCCAGAAAAACAACAACGUUAAAGAGGAAUCCUAGGAAGAAGGGUCUCGGAAGAAGAGGGUGACGUGUGCAGGCCCUUCUUAUAACCACCCUCCCCCCAACUUCCAGCCACACCUCCGAGCAUCGCCCCCAGGUUGCUGCUGCACCUUCCUCGGAGACAGGGAGGUUUGUUUUAAAGGUUACCCUUCUGUUUUGCUAAUUCCACAAAGAAGAGCCUCUGAUGCGCAGAUAUGAUGCCAUCUCCUCACUUGAAGAUGAAGAAAAACGAGAUAUUUGUCCAGGAGAAUUUGCAUAUGAUGCGCAGAGUUAUACGGAGUGACCUGUGGUGUCAUCAGAAAAAGCUAAGUGUGAAGCAUGGGGAAAAUGUCUGUCUGUCAAAGAGAACCCAGAAAGAAUGAAGGAAACCAGUUGAAGGAUGGAAAAAAGAAAUCCUCUACCUCUGAGGGUGUGGACAUCCAUGAACCCCUGAUCCCGCAAGGAGAUCAUAAUGGAAACAGAAGGAAAACAUGUCCAAUGUGUGGGGAAACAUUUAGAUUUGAAUCACAUUUAAAAAGACAUUAUAGAAUCCACCCUGGGGCGAAACCAUAUACAUGCAUGGAGUGUGGAAAGAGUUUUAGCCAGAGCAGUAACCUUACUUUACAUCAAAGAACACACACAGGCGAGAAACCAUUUGAAUGUAUGGAGUGUGGAAUGACCUUUCGUCGUGGUUGUCACCUUACUUGUCAUAAAAGAACGCACACAGGGGAGAAACCAUUUAAAUGCAUGGAGUGUGGAAAGAGCUUCUCUGCAAGUGGUACUCUUGCUUUACAUCAAAUGACCCACACAGAAGAGAAACCAUUUAAAUGCAUGGAGUGUGGAAAGAGCUUUCGUGUGAGUGCUAGCCUUACUGUACAUCAUAGGACACACACAGGGGAGAAACCAUAUGAAUGCAUGGAGUGUGGAAAAAGCUUCAGUGUGAAUGCUAGCCUUGCUGUACAUCAAAGAACCCACACAGGGGAGAAACCAUUUCAAUGCAUGACAUGUGGAAUGGGAUUUAAUCAGAGUGGUCACCUUAUUCGUCAUCAAAGGACACACACGGGAAAUAAACCAUUUAAGUGCAUAGAGUGUGGAAAAGCCUUUAGUCGGGGUAGUCACCUUAAUCGUCAUAAAAGAACCCACACAGGGGAGAAACCAUUUAAAUGCAUGGAGUGUGGAAAGAGCUUCUCUGCAAGUGGUACUCUUGCUUUGCAUGAAAGAACCCACACCGGGGAGAAACCAUUUAAAUGCAUGGAAUGUGGAAAGAGCUUCAGUGUAAGUGGUAGUCUUAUUAUACAUCAAAGAAUGCACACGGGGGAGAAACCAUUUCAAUGAAUGGAGUGUGGAAAGAGCUUCCAUCAGCGCAAUAGCCUUACAUCACACCAAAGAGCCCACUCAGGGGAAAAACCAUUUAAAUGCAUGGAGUGUGGAAAGAGCUUCAGUCAGAGCAGUAACCUUACAUCACAUCAAAGAACCCACACGGGAGGAGUCAUUUAAAUGAAUGGGGUAUGGAAAGCACUUUCAUGUGAGUGGUAGCUGUACAUUGCAUCAAAGAACACAGAAAACAUUAAUUCACUGAGUGUGAAAAGAGUUGGCACAGAAGAUGUACUUCUCAUGAAAUAAUCAAAACAGGAAGGAAACUAGAAAUUCAGGAAGUGUUGAAAGAGGGAGAAGUAACAUGUGCACCUGAAAACGUAUGGUGUAAGAUUUCAUUAGAUUCUACUUUAUCAAAUGCCAGGCAAGAAUUUAUAUAUGUCUUUUUAGAGAGAGAAAGUGUAAAGAGAGGUUUGAUGGAGCUGAAUUGCAGAAAGUACAACGCAUGGCAACGAUGUUUAAGCAAAGUGAUUGGUGAUCAUGGCAGCCUUAAUUCAUAAUACAAAAUUUUCAGCAGUUAUUUUAAUUGCCCCACUUAUUCUAAUGGUAAUAAUCCAGCUGCCCUGGUGGUAAUUCAGCAGUUUCAGAUUGGAGUAUCUUUUGAAAUACAUUUGUACAACAAUAGCUACAUUCUGAUCAGCAGCAAGUGGUGAUCUUCUGUUGAUUUCUAAAUAUUGCCUUUUCAGGUGUCAAGGGAAAGUUUUGCUGAACUUAUUAUGGGGAUGCACUGUCUGGAUUCUGCACUGGGGGAAUAAAGUUGCUAUAUGUGUCUGUUAAAAUGCCUUUUAAUUUUUUUUAACAAUAUGUUUUUAACCCCUUUUUAAAGAUGUUUUCAAAGCCUUUUUUUAAAGAUGUUUUUAAGGUUUUGUUUUCAAUAUACGUUAAGGUUUGUU